AUCAUAAUCCCCUGAGUUAGGUAUGUCGAUUGGAUAUCUCCCGGUUUAUUUAACCAGCGAGCAUACUACGCGGGCCAUCAAAUCGGAGUAGACCCUUAUUGAUACAGAUUCAACUAUGACUAGAAUGGCCUAACUAGAAGGAAAUACCUAAAGCCAUACGAAGGCGAUCUGCAAAAUGAAGCCCGGUAUCACGGUAUGCAAGAUUGUGGUUACGUUCAUAUAUAUCUCACGCAGAGCUUGCCAAUAUAGCCGAGAACUACCCCCCUCUGCAUGGGAUACGGCAUAUUGCUCGGGUGCUUCGCGAACGGUUUUAUCGAGAACUGGCUAUCUAUACCCUUAUUUAAACCUGCUCAUUCGCACCAGAUAUACUUAUUUCGUCGGUUUAGUUCGACUUGUUAAGAGAUGCGUCUUCAUUUAUUGAAACCCUAGUUACCACACUGGUUUCUACGAAUAACAGGCAGAGUUCACGAUGUUCGGACCGAGCACUAGAGGGGUCACUGCGGCCCUGUCAAUUCUAGCAAUUACUACUACAGUCGUGGUCUCAGCAGAGUGUACCCGUGAAGGAUUGCUAGCCGCAGCGAAUAGCUACAUCGCAGCACAAACUAGUGGGAGCAUUGACGGGCUCAAACUAUCCGCCACCAACUUCACUUAUCAGCUGAACAACAAGGUCGCGGACAUCAAGACCGGGGUAUUAAGCCAGCCCCUGAAGAUAGACCUCAACCGCUCCACAGCAGACACCGUAGCAUGCGCCAGCUACACGAUGCUGAUCUCGGCGUCCGGAUCCAAGCCGUACGUCAUCUCGACGCAGAUCCGGCACCCGGACAACGACACGGGCACGAUCUCGCUCAUCGACACCGUCGCCGCGACCACCGGCGCGCUGUUCUUCAACGCGCCCAAGACGCUGGGGUACAUCCAGAAGGAGAACUGGGGCACGCUCGAGGAGGGGCAGAGGGUGGACAGGCAGGAGCUGAAGCGCGUGGGCGACGCGUACCUGGACAUGUGGACGGACGCCAAGGCGGCGGACUCGAUCCCCUGGGGCACGGACUGCGAGCGCGUCGAAGGGUCGCAGCUGACGCGGCCGUGCGGGGCGACGCUGCCCCGCGGCGGGAGCCAGAGGCCGAACGGCAACCGGCGGUACGUCAUCGACGAGACGGUGGGGUCGGUCGACGUGCUUUGCUCCUUCGACUCGCUGGGGAACAUGCCGGAUUCGCACGAGGUGAGGGUCGAGGGCGGCAAGGUCAAAUAUGUUCAUACUGUUACGGUUCUGCAGUAAAUACCAGGUAACAAGUACCUAGGAGCUGAGGGGGUACGUAAGUUAGUUACGAGGUAGCCAGCAAUCGAGAUAUCGGGUCUGCGUUCGUCGACCUAAUGCGUGUCCAAGGUGGUUU